AUGACCAUCUGCUUCGUUUGUCAACGGAUGGCUCUCAGGAACCCAGCCAAGCAUGAUGAUCUACUAGAAAAUCCAAAAUCUUAUGAGACCGAACAUUGCGUGCUUUGUGCUCGUGAUUUCUGCGAAGCCCAUAAGUCCAAGGAUGAAUCGGUUUGCGAGAUCAACCAUCACACCUACUACUUCAAACACCAGCAAAUUCCUGGUAUAUUUCCUACCCUUGAAGCACGAAACAAGCAAAACGAGCAAUCUAAACCUGGAGAGCAAUAA